UAUAUAUGUCGAUAGUUUGUAUUUUCAAUAAACAAACUUAAAAAAGAAGAACAAUUUGGGAAGAAUAAAGUAUUUAAUAUGUCGAACGUCGACGAUAGCAUAGUUACAAGUGCUGGCGAGGGACAGAGCGAUAGUGAAACGACCACAAGAGACGUUAUAACUGAUAAUACAGUAACUACUGAUCUCCCAGCUUCCAAAAACGUUCAUGAAAUAUCGAAUAAUGGCACAAAUACAUCAGAAGAGGACACCGAUGUCACAGUUAAACUGGUAUUUAUGCCUGAAGGAGCAGUCAAAACCACUUCAUAUUCAAUCAACAAGCCAAUGUCUAAUCUUAAAACUGCAGUUUCAUAUCAGUGUGGUCAACCAGCAAGUUCCAUUCUAUUUCUUUAUGAUGGUAAUCUACUAAAUGAUGACUCAACACUACUCAACCUUGGUGGAAAUGCUAAGCAGAUAUUUCAUAUUGAAGUUCAAUCUAUUGAUCCUAUUAAUGCUCCAUUGAAGCUUCUCAACAAUUCAGCUACCAUUUCAUCAAAACAAAACUCUCCAUAUAAAAUGCCUGAUGUUCUCAAUAUCAGAGUGGAAUCAGAAUAUGAAGGUUUGGUGAAUGAAAUAAAGAUUCAUGUUAUUCAAGAAAAAAACAAGAAACCAUUUCUGGGAGGAUUUCGCCAUCGUUUAACUGGAGUUGAAUAUCACAAUGCAUCCAUGCAAACAGUUUCAAAGAAACGUUUACCACCAUCUGAGGAACGUUUCAACCGUGACACGCAAACCGUUGAUUUGAAAAACCAAUUUCAACAGACAACAAAUACGACUUCUACCCAAAUGACAAAAGAAGGUUGCUACGUGUCCAAUUUUGAAGAUAAAAUUAUAACGCCUUCGGUGUACGUGACGGCUGAUGAACACCAUAAGAAAAUCUUGGAAAAGGUUAUAAUUCUGCAAUGUUACUGGAGAAAAUGGUUGGCAAUGAAUUACGUCGAAAAUCUACGUCAGGAUAGAGAGAAUCGGUACGCCUGGGAACGAAAGGAAGAUGAAAUCAGAAAACGAGAAAAGGCGGAGAAACUAAAACGUGAAUGGGAGAGAAGAAUGAAUCCAAGCAGUAAAACAGAUUUUGACUUGUUGUACGCAGCAUUAGAGAAGUGGAAGAGGGAGGAAAUUGCAAAGAUUAACGAAUUAAUGAAUGGACCUGAAAGAAAGGCAGCACUUGCUUGUUUGUUGGAACAAGAAGCAUAUUUGAUUGCCUCCAUUGGAAGACAUAAAUCAAAAGCUGAUGUCGAGAAUAAAGAAAAACGUGAUAAACAAUUCCUAAACAAGGCUGCCUCGCCAAAGAGGUGGAAAGCGUUUGAUGGUAAAAUAACAGAAAUGGACACGCCGUAUACAUUACGCGCACAAGAACUGCGAGAUAUCUUCAAUAGUCUAAGUAUGAAGUAUUUAACGCAAGAUGAGAGAUUGGAUGUUUUAUUAACUGUCAAACAUACGGUGAAGGAACAUGAUUGCAAACUAACACAAGAGAUUAUUGAGCUCAUUGAUCGUGAAGCUGAUCUUUUAAUGAGAGGUGUUAAGGAAUCAAAUCUUGAAGGUUUGCGACAACGUAUAGCAACUUUAUUUCUUCAAUACUGCAAGACUCCAUUAUUUAACCCUGAAGCUUCUAGAUUGCUAAAAGUACCUCAGGAUCCUUCAACUUUGCGAAAGAAUAUUUACUUCUGUCCAAGCUGUCGCCAAUAUUUGUCUUCUACAGAAUUUCAAAUUGGGACAAAUUCUCGCGUUGUUGGAAAAUGUCGUCGCUGUCAAGAUUUGGAUAACGAUGCCCGUCUGCGCCAGGAUUUCUCGCAAUACAAAAUGAUGUUGCAGAGCCUUCGUCGUUCCGAAGAAUUAUUCAAAGAUGGAUCUAAAAUUGCAUUUCUUCUCCAGGAAUCAGAUUUACGUUAUCUGAUCGAGAGUAUCUGGAAUACCCAAAGUGCUUUGAGUGCACAGAAUGAUCUUUAUGAUUUGGUGUUUAUUCGCUGGAACAAACACGAGGAAUGGUCUCCAUGGAACUGUAUACUGCUAACGAAAGAAGAAGCUUCUGCUCACGAGAAGCUGGAGAAUGUAACUGAGGCAUAUGGUCGGAUGUUUAUCGGGAAAGUGCUUCAUAAACAUGUCCUAGCGAGGAAUUACUUUUCAAAAUUGCCAGAAAUGGCUCGACAUCUUCAAUCAUCGAUAUCGCACGAUCUUAUUGGCUUAAGUCUAGCCCCAGCGUCGACAACAUCUAAAGCAUGAUUUCGUGAAUAUUUUUCUGUAUUAAGUACUAGUAUUCGUGUACAUUGUUAAUGUGUAACUGGGAAAUCGCUAAUACUUCCACCAUAUACUAAUGGGGAAAAUGUAAAUAUUUUUGUAAAUAUAUAGAAAGAAAUUAAAAAAGAAUGUUAAUUCUUUCA